GUCCUUGUUAAAACCCCUAAAACCCUCACACAGCCUCUCCCUUAAACCCUUUGAAUCCAUUUCUUGCAGGUGUUGAAUAAGCCAUGGCCACGUCUAUGCUCUUGCGAUCUCUACGCCGCCGAGAGCUUCACACUUCUUCCUUAGCUGCUUACCGAUCGUUUACUGGAAUCGCCAAGUCGCCUAUUGCCACUCGGCCUUUUACUGAUAAAUUGACAAAUUUCGCGAGAUACUUCAGCUCAAAGCCGGUUGGAAAUGAGGUUAUUGGUGUUGAUCUGGGUACAACAAACUCAUGUGUUUCGAUUAUGGAAGGAAAGACUCCUAAAGUGAUUGAGAACUCUGAAGGAGCUCGAACUACACCUUCCAUUGUGGCUUUCAAUAACAGAGAGGAGCUAUUGGUUGGAACUACUGCCAAGCGUCAGGCUGUGACCAACCCAACUAAUACGAUUUUUGGGACUAAACGAUUGAUUGGGAGACGUUUUGAUGAUCCUCAGACACAAAAGGAAAUGAAGAUGGUACCAUAUAAAAUAGUUAAAGCUCCAAAUGGAGAUGCCUGGGUUGAAAUGAAUGGGAAGCAGUAUUCCCCAAGCCAGAUUGGAGCAUUUGUUCUUACCAAGAUGAAAGAAACUGCAGAGGCUUAUCUUAAUAAGGGUGUAAGUAAGGCUGUAGUCACAGUACCUGCCUAUUUUAAUGAUGCACAAAGACAAGCAACUAAAGAUGCUGGGAAAAUUGCUGGUCUAGAAGUGCUAAGAAUUAUUAAUGAACCAACUGCGGCAGCACUUUCAUAUGGGUUGGACAACAAAGAAGGUACCGUUGCAGUUUUUGAUCUUGGAGGUGGAACUUUUGAUGUUUCCAUUCUUGAAAUAUCUGGAGGUGUAUUUGAGGUAAAAGCAACUAAUGGGGACACAUUUCUUGGUGGUGAGGAUUUUGACAAUACCCUAUUAGAUUUCUUGGUUAAUGAGUUUAAGAGAACAGACAAGGUUGAUCUAUCAAAGGAUAAGCUUGCUUUGCAAAGGCUUCGUGAAGCAGCCGAGAAGGCUAAGAUUGAACUUUCAUCAACUUCACAAACUGAGAUUAAUCUUCCAUUUAUAACUGCGGAUAGUUCUGGUGCUAAACAUCUAAAUAUACAGUUAACCAGGUCUAAGUUUGAGACCUUGGUAGGUCACUUGAUUUCUAGGACCCAGUUACCUUGUACGAACUGUCUAAAGGAUGCUGGAGUCUCGGCAAAAGAGAUAGAUGAAGUCCUACUUGUUGGAGGAAUGACCAGGGUUCCAAAGGUCCAACAAGUUGUUGCUGAAAUAUUUGGGAAGACUCCAAGCAGAGGUAUUAAUCCUGAUGAGGCAGUUGCAAUGGGGGCUGCUAUUCAGGGUGGUAUACUGCGGGGAGAUGUGAAAGAGCUCCUUUUGUUAGAUGUAACUCCACUGUCACUUGGUCUUGAAACGCUUGGUGGCAUUUUCACCAGAUUAAUUAACAGAAAUACAACAAUACCUACCAAGAAAUCUCAGGUCUUUUCUACAGCAGCUGACAACCAGACACAAGUUGGAAUUAAAGUGCUCCAAGGUGAGCGUCAAAUGGCUUCUGACAACAAGCUUCUUGGAGAAUUUGAACUCUCGGGUAUACCACCUGCACCCAGGGGAUUGCCACAAGUUGAAGUGACAUUUGAUAUUGAUGCCAAUGGUAUUGUUACUGUUUCUGCAAAGGAUAAGGCAACUGGAAAAGAGCAGCAGAUUACAAUAAAAUCAUCUGGAGGGCUUUCUGAUGAGGAGAUCCAGAAUAUGGUCAGGGAAGCAGAUUUACAUUCUCAAAAAGAUCAGGAGAGGAAAGAAUUGAUUGACCUCAGAAAUAGUGCUGACACAGCUAUAUAUAGCAUCGAAAAGAGCUUGGGCGAGUACAAGGAUAAGAUUCCAUCAGAGGUGGUUACAGAGAUUGAGACUGCAGUGUCGAGCUUAAGGACAGCAAUAGGUGGUGAAAAUGCUGAGGAGAUCAAGUCCAAGCUUGAUGCUGCAAAUAAAGCCGUUUCAAAGAUUGGGGAGCAUAUGAGCAAAGGCUCGGGAGGGGGCGCCUCUGGAGGGUCUCAGGGUGGAGACCAGCCUCCUGAAGCAGAGUAUGAAGAAGCAGCCAGCAAAUAGACCAACCUGCUAGCCUACAAAGUUCAAUAAAUUCAGACUAAUUCAAAUCAUUGCAUUGGUUCACUACCAUCAGUUUUUUGUACUUGGAGACUCCAAAGGUAACUUGAAUGCUGAGUAUAGAAGAGAAUGAAAUUUUACAUUUAUUUAAAAUGCUACAACAUUGGUUAUAUCAUGAUGCCUCUAAUUUUUUUCGAUUUAAUUGUUUGGGGAGAUACUCAUGAACCUUUCCCAGUUGUAAUCACUAUCGAUUUUUCUUAGUUACGUUAUUAUUUCAUGGUCUUAUUUUGA